AUGGUCUCAUCCGAGUGCUUCACGUUGCUCGUUGUCAUCUUUUGCUGUUCAUCAUCACUCACAAAUGGUAAGAGAUCAUUCAUGCUUACACGGGUCAUAGACUGAACAGGUGUUUCACAUCGCAUCAUUGUCUGAUUCCUUUUGAGUAAAUAAUUUAACCUGUAUGGGCUGAAUGACUGUUAUAUUGCAGCGUGAACAGACAUCAAUUUCACAAGUCUUUCUUGCUCUGUUGAAUGAGCAUAAAGUAAGUUGAAUUAGUGGUCAUUUUAAUCUUAAAUUUAAUCUUAAAAAUAUUGAUUUGAGAUUUUUUUCAGGAUGUUUUUCAGAAAUCUGUGAGACCUGCAAUGUCCACAUCCACCUCUAGAGGUUGUCUUGUUCCGUUACAGUCUGUCUAAUAUUAACAAGUUUAUAAAAUGUGUUGACUCUGACAGGUGUUUGAAAUAGAAGGGCAGGUUAAUGUUUCAUUUUGUGACAGCCUUUAUAAAUUAUUUUGAAUUAGUUGAUUUUAGUUUUCCAAGAUUCUGAUGAUACUUAAAGUCAGCAUUUUGCUCUGGAUGAUAUAAAAAAUUGUUUAUUCCAGCAAUUGUUUGAAGUGGGUGGACAGGAUUCAACAUUUAGGGAAUAGAGAGCGUGUUUCUUCCGACAGCACAAUCAGAAUCAUUGUCUCCCUGUCACUCCACUAAAACAAGACAGGCUGUUUAAUGAGGAUGUUCCUCCACCUUGUGCCCGGUCCUCUGUGCCACUGAGAUACACACAACUCUUCCUCACAAAUCCCAAAUAAACAGCCCGUCUUAACAAUAGGAAUACUAUUCACCCCCUAACCCAUCACACACACACACUCACUCAUACACACGUUAAACCUAUGAAGUUUUGCCGACAUUGUUUUUAAGUAGAUUUCCUUCACUGUCCACACACAAAGCGUGGGAAAGACACAAGGAGGAAGCGGACGUAGGGGCAAGAGGCAGCCUGGAAUUGUUCUGGCAAGCAAAGGUCACGGAAAUGUGACACGCUACCUGUGCAAAGAUUUCUUCCCGGAGCUCCUUGUGCUCAUUUUGAGCUAUGUCAAACUCUGUCCACAGGACAAUGGCAAGGAAGAAAGGAGGGUAUUGUUUCUGCACUGAGCCUCUGACUGGUAUAGACAUUAGUUAUUGAUGAUGCUGCACCAGGUUCUUUCUGUUUAUGCUGAGGUGUGUAAAAGAUAACACUGAACAGUAGCUGUGAAUUUAUGCUUAAACACCAAAAUUAAGAUCCAUAUGUAUCCUGAGGCUGACGGUGCAGAGUCAUGAUAUUAUUGGAUCACAGAGAGGCAUUAAUGGAGAUUUUGAUAAGAUAAACUUUGAUCUUCUACACUUACUCUUUUACUUGAGGCCUUUAAUCUGUUGUUCCAUCACUGACUAAAAGAAAAUAAACAGGGUGUCUAAAAGCUAGUCUGAGCAAAUACAAACAAAUGCAGAAGUAUAUGUCGUUUACCAAGAAAGACUUUCUUUGUCUGCACUUUUUUGUUUCAUUUAAAUGAAACAAAAAGGUGCAGACCUUUUUUCAUUUAAAUGAAACAAAAAGGUGCAGACAAAGACAGUUUUUUUCACAACUCUGCACAACGCGCUUCAUCUUUAUUUCUGCAGUUCUCUUUUAUGGUAAACGACGUAUAUACUCCUGCAUUUGUUUUGUAUCGUGCCGUCAAUACUAGGUUCAAAGAAAUGCAAAAUUUCAUCAAAGUCAUGCUAUAACCAGGUAAUACGCAGCAUUUUAUGUAGCUAUAAACUGAAAAACUAUCUGAUAGCUCUGAAUCCUGCAAAAAGUUGUCUUGGACAAAGAAAAGUAGCAAAAAAAAUGGGAUCUAUCUGAUAUUAAUAUGCGUUCAUCGUAAAUGUACACUUGAGCAAACUCUACAUCUUGACAGAAGUAGGCGAUGAUGCUCACGGGGUGUGCAGACCUCAUCCUGGAAAAGAACAUUCUUGUUUUACUCCAAGAGGUCACCAAACACAACAUGAAAACUCCUUACAGUACCUUUAAUUUCUGUAAUGUUUUAACCAUGGAGCCGUGUUGUAGACUAGAGAGGUGACUGAGUUUACCUCUCUACUCUACAAUUAUGGUUUGACAACUUUCUGUCCACCGUGAAGACAGUUUUUCAAAGCUGCCAUUGUGGUAGAGUGAGUUAAUAUUGUGCUGAAUUUGUUUUGGAGUCAUUUUGUCUCCCCUGCUGGGACACUUGAGAUGGAGUGGAAAAUGGGUUUGAUGAGAGGUCAACCAAGUGCUUUAGGUGCUCAUUGCUCACUGACGGUCUUAAGUCUGGGUCUGUUCAGACUGCACAGUGAAAACACACGCUCACCUGGAUUGGGUGACUUACCAGCAGAGCAGAGCACUCAUCCCCUUACACAGGGAUAUUUAACUUAACAAAUUGCUCCGUGUAGCUGUUCUUAUAGGAUGAUUGCAACAUCUGGUCCAUGCUCAGAAUAUCCAACCUGAGCCGGCAAUAUAUUUUCUUUAAAUCCUGCAUGGGAUUCCAAUUUCGAGGAGCUUCUGUCUGCCUACUCGUCUUAAUCAUACAUUAUGGAAAAGGAAUCCUCUGGGUUUACAACUUUGGACUCUCAUGCAGAAGAUUCCUGUUUGCUGGCUCUCCUCAGCUUUAUAUAACCUAGAGUGGCCACCCAUCAUGGCCAGAUGUUCCUUUAUUUUGCUGUUUUAAGAGAAGUCUGGGGCAUAUUGAGUCCUAUUCUCCAAUGGCUAAUAUAUGGCCAAUAAAAAAAGCACGCUCCAUGACUGUUGUCUUAACCUUGUGGUUGGCAAAAGUGGGAAAGUUUCAGGAAGGUUUUGUGCAAGAGAGAGUACUCCAGGAUCUACCAGCCACGUAAUAGCACUUGAAAAAGGUGUAACCUCUAGGUUUGGAAGAAGCCACACUAAAGGAUCAGAGUGUUAGGCUGUAUGAGAGUCUGUGAAAAGGCAAAAGUCUUCAGCUUUGUUUUUCAGCCAAGUUCUUUAAUAACUAGAGGAGUGGCGGCAUGAUGAUGAGUCAAAGUGCUUAUUGUGUAGUCUGUUGCGUUAGCUUCCAAUAAUCAUUAUUAUCAGACUAUCAAUAGGCUGGAUAGAUUGCAUGUCACUCCUCUAUCUCAGCUCAGAGACCAGAGACCAGAGACCAAAUAAAUGACCACUAAAUUUUGUUUUGUUCCUGUUGCCAUUGCUGCCAUGACUUUGCAACUCAGGAGUAUUCCUGUGCUCCUUUGUUGUUCAACAAUUAACCCUCAUCAUGGGAGCUAUCAUGCUGUAUUGUUACUUUUGCCUUGAAACUACCAAAAAAAGAUCUUCUAUCGUUUAUUGUCAUGAAAGUCACGGGGUUUCAAAGCAGCUCGAGGAUGUUGGGGAGAUGGAGUGCGCUCUCUGCCAAAUUCAAGUGAAUUUCCGUACAUUAUUUCCCUGAAUUUGAAGGUUGUGUCUAGUGAUUUCCUGUCUAAUUCGGGGACAGUAGUCAUCACAUACAGUCAUGAUGGUUAAUAUUGUGCAACAUCUAACUGGAGCCAGCAUGCUGCAAGAUGGGUGAAAUUUUGCCAACAGGGAGGAGAGUCAUUUCCUUCCUUUAAAUCUUUUUCUCACGUCUGUAUCUUUUUUUUUGUGCCCUCCACCCUCUCCUUAAAUAGCUGCAGAACUGUUAGAAAUCAAUCCUCAAAAAAUAUAUCAAGUUAAUUCAAUAAAAGAAAUUGUAAGCUAAAGUCCCCAGAGUCCAAUUCUUUAAAGAGAUUUACAAUAAACAAGAGAAAAAAACACAACAUGAAUAACACUUGAGAGCACCAAUUUAGAGAAAUUUCUCACUUCCAAAGCUGUUUGUUUUUCUCAGAUCAUCUCCACAUAUCUUUAGUGGAAAUAUCAAAAACUUCGCUGCACUGCUGAACCUUAAAGCUUUAUAUUCAGACUUAGAAUAAACAGGUGUAAUAAUUGUAGUUUAAUCUAAAUCUAGCCCUCUGUGUCACUGUGGGACUAACUGAAGCCCCCCCGUCAUCUGAAAGAGUGAACCAGGAGUCACUCAGCCUCUCCCUCCCUCUCCCCAGGACUCUGUUUGUUCCAUGCCUGUCCUCUCCUUAAUGGCUCCUAAUGAGAACCAGCUUCAGGACUCUUUGAACCAACACAAUGAGCACAAUUUCUGGCAUUUUUCAGGCGCUCUGCCGGAGGAAUGCGGCACACAGCUGUUGUGAGGAGCUAGGGGUGUCUGGACGCUUGCUGAGGUCAGCGUUGGGCAGGCACUAGGGCAGGCAGGUGGGAGUUUUGAAGGUGCUUGGUGUAGAGAGACAAUGCCAGGAUGAUUUCUCUCUUUUCAGUGGGCUGCUGGGGGCCCUGCUGAUUCAUCCAUCUGUAAUGUGUUACUGAGGAGAAUAGAGUGGAAAAAAGGGAAGAGCUGCCUGCCAGUGCAUUUCAAGGUCAGGUUGAUGUUUUCAGUGAUGUUUUGUGUGAAAGCAGAUGUCAGCAUUCAUCCACAUGUUGAUGUCUUUUCAGAGCAAAACCGGAUAUACUCAUUAUAGAGGUAAUGUUCAUAUAUCGAAGCCCAUGAAUUUGCCAUCUUUGUGUGAAUGCCCAAAUAGUGGCUGUAGAUGUACCUCAGCAAAGACUACGAGUACCAGGAUGCAUUGUGUAAAAGUUUCCAUAGCCAAAUUUGUAGCUAUUUUUUACUACAAGUGAAGGCAGAGAGUGGCAAACCAUGCUGAACCAGCCCAUUUUUAAACACUAAAAAUAUCAUUUGAUGCUAGCAAAGCCAGAACAACAGCCUCUCAGCUUUUCUGGUCUGCGCUCUGGACACUAGAGCAACAGCUAUAUUUGAUUGUUUUUAUUGUUCUUGUAGAACAGAAAUAGAUAAAAGGGAGGAUUUAAAAUUGGCCAAAAUCAACUUUAAGUGAACUUUUUCUUUUAGGAUUUGCUAUUGACCAAGGAAAUCUUCUGUUUAGCCCUUUUGAAAUGCUGAACCCUCUAUAUUCUGUUCAUCCUGAUAUGGAAAGUCAUUGCGCAGUUUGAAUGCGGUUAUAUAGUGGGCUGACUCACUGGGAUUAUCAAGAAAGGAGGCCAGUAAUCUUGUUUAGUCAUUGGAUUACACAAUGCACUUUUUAUUUAUCUUUUUGUCUUCAAGUUUUUUAUUUUUCUGCAGCUGGGCUACAUAACAUUAUGCCAGUUUGAGGAUAUAAGGCAAAAUCACGAAUCAGAUGAUUGUUAACAACAUUUGUGGAAAGUUUAACUCUGACCCUAACUGACCUAAUAUAUCAUUGAGAACAUAUAGCGUUGCAGCAUGAAAGACUGUUAUCCUCUGAUCAGCCAUCCCUUUUCAAUAUCUUUGGACAAUAAUAAAACAAAGAUGUUUUAUAUCUUCUGAGGAAGUGGAUAUUGAGUGCCACUACCAGCGCUGCCAAUUCUGCGCUCAACAGCUGCUUUAAAUAAUUAAAAAAACACAAGAAAAAUAUGUGCGAGUGUGUGUUUUUCGGCAUAUGUGUGCGCAUUUGUGAGUGCAGGUGCGUUUAUAUCUGUGUGGGGUUUCCAUUUGCGUGCACAUUUAUUCAUCAUGUGUCAGCAUGUUAGCCAGGCUGUUGUGUAACUUUAUUGUCUAUGUUGCCACAAAUAAAGAUUUCCCUGAAGACUGUCACAUGUAGAGAGUUAACUUAAUUGAGUUGUUUUCAGAUCACAAUGACAAGCUGUUCAGGGAGCUCAGUGAAAAGAAGGAAAUCACAUAUGGGACUGUAACACCUCUUGGAUAACAGAGAGAGAGUCCCAGUGUUUCCUAUGUUGAUCAGUGUGAGGGGGACCUCUCAACAGACACAGCUGGCUGCACUCCCAGUGCAGGCCACCUUUGAGCCAAACAUUUGUGAUCAUGUAAUAAUAGCAUUAUAAGUGCAAGGUCAAAAGUGUUUGACAAAGCUUCUUGUUCUCAAAAAAAGUGGAAGGGAGCACCCACUGAGGAAUGUGGGUUUAGCACGCCAAAUGUAAUGCUUGACAAAUAACCAAAGAAUUAAUUUGGCUCAGUUCGGUGUGUUUCUGACUGUUUUGACCUCUCUUGCAAAGUGGCUCAGCUGCCCCCAUGCUGUCCUCUUGCACAAACUAUUCAACUGUCUUUCUGUCUGCUCAUCCUGGACCACUAUUCAUUCAACACCCUGCCCUCCCAGAGCCGGAAACACCCUAGCGCUCUCUCAGCAGACAAUCCCUUGCAUAAGAGGCAGAAGCAUUUCAUCACAGUAAAUCUACAUGCAUAGUGCUAGUGUGAUUAUGAAUCAUGGAAUUAUCCUGCAAUGUUUCCCCUUAUAAUGUUUCGUAUCACUGUUUCAAUGUGAGUGUUUUUGCUUGUCUCCUCUAAGAUCUCUGCGUUGUAUAUGUGUGUUCAACAGGACAUUUGGAGAGAGAUCUUUCACCAAAGAUUGCGCCCUCAGGCAGUCCCCUCAUUCUUCGUAAAAAUGAUUCAUUGACCCUCAUGUGCAGGUAAGCAAUCAAUACAACGAUAAGUCAGCCAAACUAGAACUGAAUACUAAUAAAUGAAUUGAAACUAUUGUAAUGUCAUAUUUAUGUCUGAUUUUUGCUGUUCAAUACUUAACAUGAUUUCAUAUGGAGAUUUUGUGCUUUCCUCUCUACUCUGUAUUUUACGGUAGUAUUCAGUAGUUAUUUCACAAGUUUUUAUUUUGCAAUGAAUACAAAAAACACACCCCAAAUCAAUUGUAAUGUAGUAGAUGUGAUUAUUGGCUUGAACUCUUCUCUCACUGAUUGAUAUAUUUGACUUCAUGAGUCAGCAUCAAAAUAAUAAAGCAUAUGGGUGUUUUUUUUUUUUUUUUUUUUUUUUUUUGUAAAAUUGGAAAACUUUAUCGGCCAAAUUUUGUCUUUGCUGACCUUUUGUCAAAGAUCAGUCAGGAGGGGUUGCUGCAAACCCCUUUGGAAAUGGUGGGACCCAAGUGAGCUGCUUUCACAUUUGCAAAGAAUUUAGGCCCUUGCAUCAUUUUGUAAGACUGCAAGGAAUGUUGAAGAAUUCAUGUCCAUCUAAUGUAAUGCUUCCCUACAAGGCCAUAUGCUAAGACUCCUGGCCUGUACAGAACUGUCUUGUUUUCUGUCACUGGAUCAGAGCUGAAGGUUACUUGACCUAAAAUUCUACAGGCAAAGCCCAUGGUAUGCAAGACAUGUUUGAUGUUCCUCUGGGAUCUCUUUAAUGAGAGCUUUUUAAAUGGAAGCUGUGUGGAAAGAAUGUGUUAGCUGAGCACAUCAUUGAAGAAAAACAUGUUCCCAUGUGAAAGUUCAAGUCACUGGAUAAGUUAAGAUUAACUCAAAAUAAACACAGAAUGAACAUCACGUUAGAAAUGUCCCUCGAGGGAGAAGCAGCCGUUGCCAUCCUGAACUGAGAGCUUGUGAGGUCAUUGCCAGCUGUGACACUUUCCCUAAAAAUAGAUUGAGGAUUUGGAUCUAAUGGUCUGUUCACAACGGCCUAGCAGGAAUGUAUCAGGUCUCGUCCAAAAAAAGGCAAUAGCGCUUCAAAAAAGUGUGUUAAAUGAUUCUUCCUUUCCAUAUGUCUCUGCAUUCAUGGCAGGUGAAUAAGCAGCGAUGUCCUCAGCUUCUUCUCAUGAUCUCUCUUUCUGUCUCCUGUCAGAGGUCAUGGCCUGCUGCACUGGACUCUUGCAAAUUCGAGCCGUUCAGAGGGAGUGAAGGUGGACCAGUGUGAUUCCAGACGUCACUCUCACUCUCACUCUCACUGCAGCAAACUGACAGUCACAAACUUGGAGGCUGUUGAUACAGGGAGGUAUAGCUGUCAAUACUCCAAGGAUGGUUUUAAACACAGCUCCUCCAUCUAUGUCUAUGUCCAAGGUGAGACCUGCAAAGCACUUAAGCUUCUUCUAAUUUUAAAUCCUCAUUCCCUAAAACAUUUAAUCAAGUGUUUGAGAUAUAAAAUUUUGGACUUAGAUUCCUAAAUUGAAGUAUUUGUCUGGCAUGAGAAAAGCAGUGUGAUGUGAAUGACAGAAAGCUUGUCUGCAUACUGAAACAAAGAUAAGAGUUCUUUCAUUUUUAAUUGACCUGGUUUUCUUUGUUCUUUUUUGUCAGUUUUUGUCGAAGCUAUGAAAGACUCUGAUAAGUGAGAGGUUUUCCCAGGGUGAUUGUCAUCUACUGCCGCCUGUGAAGGCGUGCAGUGUUGAACUAAGUCCACAAACAGUGGCACCUAAGUGGCACCAGAAUGGAUUGGUUAAUGUGCCAUCUGAUGGAAUGGCUGGAAAAUAUUUCCACAGAGGACAAAAAAAAAUGCUGAAUUUCCCAUCAAGAAAUUUCUGAGAAAAAGUUAAAAAAAGAAAAGAAAUGGUCAGAAAUUAUGUACUUUGUCUACAAAUACUUCUGACAAGCAGGAAGCUGACUUCAACCCACAUGAAUUCAGUCUCAAGUGCUCUAAGUCUUUUUCUCAGAAAGAUAGAGUCAGAGGGAGGAAGUGGUUACUUUGCUAGUAUGGUUUCUCCUGGAGGUGGAAGGGUGAACAUGAUUGCACGGGAAGCCCUGGUCAUUGACUGUGAUUUCCUGCCCCAGCUACUGUUUUCCUAAGUCUCCCCUUAAGCAUAACAUGGCACCAGUUAGAGUAACAGUACCAUUGAAAUGAAGAAUGUCCCUGGCAGCAUAGGGAGAUCACGGUCUCAGUGUUAAAGCAGGGCCGGCCUAUUACUCUUCUUUUAAAAUUAAUUUCCAGGCAUAACAUGCAACCAUAGAGUUUCACUCCUCUGAAGUGAAGUACUUGUGAGUGAUGCAGACUAAACUGGAUCCGCCUUGUUCCUUCUCCUGUUGUUCUGCGAUUGUGGUUGUAGAUCAGGCAGUCGGCUGUGCCCGUGUUUAGUCUAACACUGUCUUUUCAAAACCCUUCAGCUGUUUUCUGAAUCUUUUUUCAUUCAUACUUUUCAAAGAAGUGGUCCUUUAUCACAGAAAUAAUGCUUGACCUCAUUCAAAUCACAGACUAUUUGUGUCACCAUGCAGUUCCCACAGUGGCAGUGUGAUGCCUGGCUGCCCAGUAGAAACACACCACUGGCCUGAUUGCUUAUCCGGUUGGGGUGAACUGAUUGGAGAUUUGAUCUCUGUGUGUUGGAUGCCCCCAACAUUUAAUUUCACUGCUAAACUCAGUUCCAGCAGAAAAGAACCUUUUAAAAAGAGCAGCAGCUGUAAAUUUACCAUGAAACAUCGUUCCCUCAAAGAAAAAAAUGAAAUGUCAUGAAAUGUAACUUCUAACUGACCUGUGUUUCACACCUUGAGGGUUUUUUUUUUUUUCCCACAGAUGAAAAAAAACCCUUUGUGAGGCCCCACGAUCAUACAGAUAACAUGGUGUUUAUCUACGAUAAUGAGACCACUUAUGUGAUCCCCUGCAGGACGACUUCUCCUGACACUGUUGUAACACUGACCGCGGUAAGACCUCACAAAGACACUCAUGUAACUGCUUCUGCUUAGGACCCUGUGAGAAGAUAUUUACUAGCAAUUAGAAAGCCUUUAUUUCAAUGCUGAUGAACAUCAACACCCAACCAUCAUAAUAGUUGUAUGUGUCAAUGCUGUUUUUUUUUUUCACAUCUUUCAACAUUUUGCAAUCGGCACAAAAAGAAAUUCCUUACAGCAGUUUUAAGAUACAGAGUGUAGAAAUAUGACUAUUCACUAAUAGUCUUCAGUCUUGUUACUGAUGGUCUUAUUUGCUUUUAACUACCAUGAGAAUGCCUCAAUAUGUACUUCAGCCUAUUUUAUAAACUUCAAAAAAGUCCUUAUAAGAGCCUUACCCACUGAACAAUAGACGGCUAUUAGACGUCUAGUUUGUAUCUUUUUAGACCUAAUUUCAACCGUCUAGAUUCUGUAUCUUUUAAGACGGAAUUUAGACGUUGCAUAACUGAUCUCCAAGUACUUAACCAAAAUAAUUAUGAUAGCCAUUGACCAAUAUACAGUGUAGUUUAGAUAUAGCCCAGAUUUAGAUUUAGUCUAAACUUGGUCUGGAUCUAAAAAACUUUCAUUUUUAGACCUGUAGAGGCCUAAUUUUAGACCAGUUGUCUAGGCUACAUUUAGAUGUCUAUUAGACCUCUUUUAGACCAAAAAAUGUUUAGUGGGUGAAGUUAUUUAAGUUGUCUGUAUUCCUAAACCUUGACAGGAAAUGUUGUUUAAGAACUUCUUGGAGCCUAUAAAUCUCAAAAUAACAUGUCUGAGAGAUGAAGAUUUCUAUUAAUACCACAGCAGGGUAUCUUUAUUUGUUGUCUCUGAGGGGAAAAAAAGUGUGUCCGAUCUGUUUUUAAUGCGUCUCAGUGGGUCCCACACCCUUUGUGUGUUAAAUCACUUAAGCACACAGAAGCAGACCAGGGAUAGUGGCAUGUCUCAGGGAAGCACAGGGGCAGCGGAAGGAGUCAUCCAGUCUGCUUCCUGUAAGAGCAGGAAGGUGUUCCGUGAACGUUUUUCUCAGAAUAGACUGUCAGACUAAAUUUACUCUCCUCUCCUACAAACAUCAGGAAAUGCAGUAAACAGCACACACCGUGUUCAGUCACAGGAAACAAGAGGAAACUCAUCGUCAAGAUUAUAAGACUUAAUACCACGCCACAGAAAAAAUUCAAAGGGGAGCUUUCACUCUUGUGUUACCUGUCUUACGAUGGUGUGUACUUUCUGUUGCUUACGUCUCAUUUGUACGUGCAACUCUGUGUCAACUGUGGACGAGCACUGAUAGUAGCUGUGUGACCUCCCCACUAUUGGCAAUUUCAAGGCACUCCUCCUUCCUGCUCCCUUUCCUUCCUUCCCUUGCCUCCUCUCCCAGCUCAAACUUCUGGCUUAAGAACAAACAGCAGCAAACACGUACAUCCUCUUCGGAGUACGAAAUGUUUUGUGCUCCAUUGCGUAAAUGUUUUCAAAUAUCACACUCCAAAAAACAACGGUAAAAACCUAUCGAGACUUUCACUCCAGAGAUGCCUGUCCCCAGCUGAGUUCAGCAGAGCAUGAGUUACAUGUUAAAUGAAGUUGAGUGUGUUUCGCUUCAGUCCAUCUGGCUCAGCGAGUUUUAAUCAACAUCAAAAGUGUCGCCAAAUAUCCCCUGGCGCUGACAAACAUCUUUUCUCGUUUGUCUCGGUGCAGAUCCCACCUUUAUCACCGAAGAUUCUUAAAGAGGUAGUAUGGGAUCCAGAGGUGGGGUUCAAGAUUGACUGCAGUUCUUCCUUGCCUAAUUUACUCACCUGUGACACUCAAGUCGACGGGCAGACGCUACAGUCAUUGUACAUCCCAAAGAGACUGAGUGAGUUUGCUGCUUUUGAGAAUUUCAGUUUUAACAGAUUAUAAGUGUAAUUGCUCUGGUUGACUGAAUGAUACCAUGUCUUUUUCUAAUGCUCUGAUCCUACAGCUUCCUUGUUUUAUUUUUUCACUUUUUUUCACCUUUAACAGCUCGCGUUCUUCGUGACAUACAAAUCUCCCCGGAGGAGCGUGUCAAAGUGUUGAUGGGAGAUACUCUCGUCCUCAACUGUUCAGCAAAGACUACAUAUAAUGGACAAAUAAACUUCACAUGGGAUUUUCCAAAGAGGGGGGUAAGCAAAGGAUUUACUGUUGAUAAUGUGUGACUGCACACUUCAGAAACUAUCACAGGUUGAAGCAGUAAGGUUCUUUGUUUGUUUGUUUCUUUUGCAGGAAAACAGACACAACUUCUCCAAGACUAGAGGUAGCUCUGCUAAGACUAAAGUGAUGAGCAUGACUUUAUACCUGCAAAACGUCUCAAUGGAGGAUAAAGGGAUGUACCGCUGCAGAGCUGAGCUUGAACCCACGAUACAUUUGAACACCUCUGUAAAAGUCACAGUCUAUGGUGAGCUUGAGUUGGACUGACGAAUCAGACCAUAAUCAUACAACAAAAACAAUAAUAACUUUAUUUAUAUAGCACUUAAAAAAAAACAAGCAUUUACAAAGUGCUUUAACAUGCAGGAAAACAAGGAAGAUAAAAACAACAUAACAACAGGAGAACACUUGGGGGAAAUGUCACAUUACUGGCAAUAAAGAAAUAAAAUAAAAAUCGGUGGAGGACAUAAAAGCUUUGAUGAAUGUCACAUGAGCUCAGAGGUCAUUGAAACAAAAACAUUAAAACAAAGACAUUGUAAGAGCCCGUGAUACUCAGCCAACACAGGAACCCAAUCACAAAAACCUGAGACCAAGGGGACUAUUAUAAAACAUGAAUAAGAAGAGCAAAGUGUUUUAAAGAAGACAAAAUCACGUAAAAGCAAGUCUAUAAAAAUGAGUUUUAAGAUGUGAUUUAAAAGCAGUGACUGUUUCUGCACACCUGAUCUCCUUGGGGAGGUCAUUCCAAAGUCGAGGGGUCCUGAUGGAAAAAGGCCCUGUCACCUUUAGUUACAAGUCUCGACUUUGGACCGACCAGGAGGCCCCCACUCGAGGAUCUCAGGGUGUGGGCUGGCUCAUAGGUGGUUAAAAGUUCUGUUAUAUAGACCCUCUACUGCCUUAAAAGUAAUGAGUGAAAUUAAAAUUAAUUCUAAAACUAACUGGAAGCCAAUGUAAAGAUGCUAAAAUAGGGGUAAUUUGAUGUUGUCUGUUAAAACCAGUCAGAAGCCUAGCUCAAUUAAAGUAGAUAAACUUCUUAACUAUUCUGUCAUUGUUUUUUUUUUGUCAUGUAUUUCAUUCUCUGUUAUUUUUUGUUUCAGAACGUCCCUUCCUCAAUAUCUCCUACAAACAUGAGAAGCAUAAAAAAGUGGUCGUCAAAGAAGGUAGAAAGAAACUUGUGUUUGAGCCAAAGGUCACAGCUUUACCACCUCCAGACAUGAUAGCAUGGUAAGCAAGUGUUGACAAUGUCAGUAAAAGUCUUCAUUUUCUGGAUUUAUGUCGUUAAACUAUGUCUCCACUCUUCAGGUACAAGGAUGGGGUUCCUAUCUUGAAGAAUUCCACCUGUUACAAUAUAUCUGGUUACAACUUGAUCAUCGCAGAUUUGCAGCUGAAGCACACUGGAGUCUUCACCUUAAGUCUGGGCAACCGAGAGAAGGGCUUGCACAGGAAUCUGAGCUACACUCUGGUAGUCAACGGUAAGCUCACGCCAUAAACCUGAUAAUGACUUUACUGAUCCUGAGGAAAUGAAUCAGUUGGCUGAGGCUGCCUGAGCACUAUAGCUGCACUCAGUACAGCUCUCUGGACGGCAGGUAGCAGCUCUAGUAUGAGAGGAAUUUGAGGGCUUGUUGAUUCCAGGGUUGGAUUGACGUAGCCGGGGCAGCUGUUGUUGAUUAUUGGGGCUCUUUUGAAGGGGCUUGGCGCAGUGUGUAAAUGGCCUGAGCUGUAUUCUGCACGCAGACCCCAGCCGCUCCAGAGCCCCCCCUAGAUCUCAGCAUUUAUUUGCAUCCUCACCAUGUGUAUAUACAGUUCAGCUCAUAUAAACAAUGUGUUCUUUACAAUAUAGAUACAGCUUGAGGGAAACAGUGACUGGGUAUGUAAGUCAUUGCUAUGACUACUUUAAGAUUAUGAGAUUAUAAGAUGUUGUUGCAUGCCAAAUACUUGAAUAAAGUCUGUUUGCUCGAGUAAGCAGGGUACCGUAAGACAGUUACUUUAAGCUAACUCAAGCUAUUUUUAUUGUGUUAUUUAAACACUUUCUUGGAAUCCAAAUAGCAUGCAAGAAAAUGGAAACAAGAAGAAACCCUUCAGCUAUUGUAAACUUUAUUUAUGAUCCUCCGCUGCCCUGAUUUAAAAGACUUCUACCAAAUUAGAAUGACAAAAAAAAGAAAAAAAAACGCAAACAGAAAGACAGUGUCAUGAGGUUCCUGGUAUCAAUCAGGGAACUAUUUUAGACCUCUUUCAUCAGUUGUUUGGGGUUGUCUCAGUGCUCCAGAUUUAAACUGUGCUCUACAGUAUGUGUUGGGAUGUGUUUAUGUGUGUAGUGAGAUACACACAUGGCUGAACUGAGGUGAGACAAGGAUCUGUGUCUGUUGUUGAUUGCGGCACACAUGGUUGAUUCACUGACCUAAAGAUGGGCCACAGUGGGGUCGUUCUCUGACCUACAGCCCUGGGCUAGCCAAUCAUCCUGCCAUUCUUCACCUAAACAGUGUCUAAAGGAUAACGGGUGUCAAUAGCACCUUUUUCAUGGCUAUCCAUCACGACUGCCACCCCUCAUUAUAAAGACAUUAUGAGAUUCCUCAGUGGGCUGGGCCGGGGAUGGUUGAUUUAACUCUUGUCUGUGUGUCUUUUCUCUUUAUCCCCCUUUUCUCUCUCAGUGAAGCCGACCAUUUUAGAGGCAGAGCUCACCACUGCAGAAUUGCAGCCCUACAUGGUUGGCAAACAGCAUCAGCUAACCUGCACAGCAUUCGGGUUGCCCUUACCAGAGAUCACUUGGUACUGGCAACCUUGUCACUCAGAACCAGCUCUUAAAGAGUGAGUCACCAUUUCAGAAUGAACCAAAUUGCUUAAAUUUGACUUGCAUAGUUACUUUUUUCCACUGUAUCGGAUACUUCAUCAAUUGCAUACUACCUAUAACAAAGUUGUCUUGCACGUAUAUCCCUUUAAUGCCUGAAACCCCAAUUAUGGCCACAAAAUUCAAAAUUUUUUUGCAGCUGAAAUGUUAAUUUAACCUACUACUGAAAAAAAAAAAAUUUACCAAAUAUAUAUUUAUCCCGUUUGAUACAUCAGAUGUUUUUUGAAACUGAUAAACCACAAGAGGAAAUUUUAAUCAUUUAUCAGACUGUAUUCAGGUGUUUUUUAGUAAUUUUUUAGUAAUUCAUAUUGAUUUGAUAGAAGUGUCAUGAAAGUAUGUAUCAAAUAUGAUACAAAAGGCAUUAAAGGCAUAUAAGUAGGAUGUCUCACUAAGUUACCUGCUGUGUACUGUACGUUCACUUUUAGCUAAGGUUUGAUAAAUAUAAAAUCAAUUUAGGGGACUCCCUGUUCCUGAAGUUUGCUCAUGUCCAAAAGAAUGAGAAGAAAACUGCUCUAAAUAUUGAGAUAUGAUUCUCUAAAUUUCAUGAAAUCACCCCAAAAACGUUCAAAAGUGUGUAGACUUAACUAAGGGGAUUAAGGGUCCAGAGCCACCAUUUCAGCCAGGAGAUCCCACUAUAAAACAGUCUUGCAUUGACUGGAUCGAGUCUAGCCCAGAAUAUGAGACAUUAAUCAAAGAAACGCAGCCCUCGAGAUCUGCAGUCUGGUUUGUGGUCAGCGGCUGUAAAGAUUGAAAUAUGUUCAUCUCAAAUUCCUUGUUCUGCUACCAAGCUGAACUGAACUGAUUGUAUGAGCGCCUACCCAGGAGUACCAGACUGGUGGAGAGCCAGUAAACAACAUGAACAUUCUCAGAGAUCCUGCCUCCUCACUGACAGCAGGAGACCCGCGAGUCGCAGGAUCAGGGAAACAAUGGGCCAUUACCCCCGGGUUAACAGGCCUCCCCACCAUUAGCAAAAACAACAUUGUGGACCGCUACUCAAAAAGAGCCUGAAUUAUCUCAAGUAUUCAAUGGUGUUUAUCCAGCAGUGCUUUCAUUAUGUUGCUCAUUCAUUUAGUAAGAAAAGCAGCUUUCACAUGCCAGAUGUAUGAUUAAUAAUAGCGGAGUGUUAGUUGGGUAAAAGCAGCUCUUUCUGCAGGCUUAAAGAUAAUCAGGGCUGGCACUAGGAACAGUGGCUGGGCUGGGGCAGGCAGCUAAUGAGACAGGGGAACAGUUAAAGCCUGGUGGGAGGCCAAUUGUGCAAAAUGUUUGUUUUAUACAGCCCUGACCCUGUAAAGUACCUGUCACUGUAAAUCCAACAUGUUGCCCUUCAAGAUCUUAUCUCAUCUUAAUCUCCAGGAGCCUGGAAAAGAUGGAAAAUGUGGAGUGUCGGGAGGUUUAGAGGUGAAGGGCAGCUCGCUAUGUUAGAUGUGCAAUGAAGUGCAGCGGGUAGGAAUAUGGAGAUGUCUUUAUCACCAGGUUGAGAAGCUAUCAGCUGUCCCUUGUUGACCGCCAAGGUCUCAGGAUCAACCUUAUCUCCUCUGGCCAGAACCCAGGGGGGUUUCCUGCACGAGUUGACACACAGCACAGCCCUUCCUGUCGCUGUUCGCUGUUUCCUCCUCUGCAUCUCCUCUCAUCAGGCUGAUUGUUCCCCACCACAGGCAGUGAAGGUUUGAGGGUGGGGUCAAAUCAAGGCUUUCUGUAUGUUUCAAACCCUGAGUGGCCAGUCCAGACCUUGAUAUUUUUCCAUAGAAUCAAAUAUCAUACAUCAUGAUCAUGCCAUCUGAGUGGGAUGUGAUUUAAAAUCAUCUUAAGGCUUUUAAGUGAAAGAACAUGAAGUUUCCUUUUUUGUGUGCUGUAUUGUUUAGUUCUGAAAAACAUUCACCUUUUACAUCUUUUCUUGCACAUCCUCUGUCCUGCAGUUGCAUUGACACCAAGCCAAUCGAGGUCAGAGCUGAUGACAAAGAAAAUUACCCCCACAACCCGAUCAAGAGCAUAAUCAUCAAGCCUUACCUGGUUAAAAGCAAAAACAAGGUAUGUGGUUCAUCUUUGUAUGCACUGUUACCGCAUGAUUUUCAAACAACUCAUGCACUUCAAGCAUACUUCACUGAGCAUGAAAUAGUGUAGACAAAAAGCAAUGAUUAACUCAACAGCAGGUUUUAAAUGAGAGUGGGAUACAGAGAUUUUCAGAACACUCCAUAGUGUGGACAAAUUCAAGUAGAAAUCUCCUGUGACCGGGGCUUGAAAAUGGCAAUCAACAUCUGAAAUCAAUAAAUCCUCAUAAUUUUCUUCACAUUGGCAGCAAUGCAGUAUUUCUCUUUACUGAGAAUGAUUCAUUUUGUCUGCAUCCGCUUUAGCUUGUGCAACCGUGACCAAAAGCCAUGAAAAUGCCCUUAGCAUUCCUUUUUGAAGAAAUUGGUGUUGUUUUUCAUUCCUGCAGUUAAAGAGCUUGAUUUAUUCUUCGAAUCGGGAAUAAUUUGGUUUCAUGCAUACGAUGUGCUACAUCUGAAAGGAAAAUGCUAUUAAGGAAUACUGUGCAUUUGUGCCAUAAACUUAAUUGCUAACAUAUUGACAUGUUUACACUGGGUACAAAGGCUUUCCUAUAAAGAAAAAGAGUCUUAUCCAUCACUCUUGUAAAUGAUAGACAUCAGUCCUCAUAAAGAAAGCUCCAUCUUGCCAAUGACACAACUUCAGUUCUGUCAUCACUGAAUCUUUUUAACGUUGAAAGUCUCAGAGCUGUGUGCUAUAAACACUGUGAAGCCAAAGCCUUGCAUGUGCCAAGGGCAGACCACAGACUUCAACAGAUUACUCUCCACACCAUUACCUUUGUAGAUGAGCCACUAUACACAGCACACUGGGAAACAGAUGGAAAUGUGCUUUUGUUAUGUAAGCAUACUUUAUUGAACUUGUACAAAAUGUCAAGAUUUUAUUAGCAGUGUUUUUCAGCACAGAGAGCGAGUCUUUGUCACAGCUCUGGAUUGUUGCAGACUUGGUUGUGUUGUUACUCUUGAGUGAUGUUUCCUGCAAAAUCAACUAUUGAACAUUAACAUGAGACUUACUGGUCUGCCAGCUUUUUUUCAUCAAACACAUGUUGCCAUGCAAACUGAAACAUGCCACACAGUGAGGAAACUGUAGACAUUGCUGCAAACAUCCCGUGGGAAUGUGUUACUAAAACUGUUCACCCUGACCAUAAUUAAGACCAGACCCUCCUUGAUUCACAAGAGCCUGUCAAUAGGAUUAUGUUAAAGAAAGCCAUUACAGCAGGCUGGGUUAAAUUAGGGCACAAAUUCAUUGUAAUGAAGGUUUUCAACAGGAGAAAGAAUCAGUGAUUAAUUCCAAUCUAAACAUCUUUUUUCAUUUGUGUUUCUCCUGCAUAAACUAGGUGAUUGAUUGAUUGACUUUUGCACCCUGAUUAUUCAGCAGUGAUCGCAUCACCAUGCCACUAUAGAUUCAGCCUCUGGACAUCAUGUCUAAUAUGUCUUUGACAUAAAUUGGGAGGCACCACUUAUUUACAAGUACCAGCUGAACGCUGGUGUUUUAUGAGGGUUAGACUUAAGGGUCAAUGAUAACAAGCAGCAGUUUAAAAGAAGAGGGAUUUGUUGGAAGUGAAUUCCUCUCUGUCACCCCACAUAAAUCGUGUUGGUCCGUGAAUAAGAACAAGUCAGGGCCAGCGCUCUGAGUCGUUCCCCACAAGGCCCAGUAGAAAGGCAGACUGGCCUGGUUCAUAAUAUAAGGAAAACACAGGGGGACAACAUGGGCACAGAGGUCACACUGUGUCUGGUGGGGUCACCUCUAUGGGACUGUGUGUAACCAUUUAAAUGAGUGUUUUUGAGCUCCGGUUACAUCAUGGUGAGUAAUAGCUGUAACAUAAUAGCACAACACCACUCAGUCAAUGUUUUGACAAACGUCAAGGCAAAAUGGAUCAGACAAUAUGAUUUUACUUUUAAACACCCUUUCUUUAACUCCCUGAGUGUUUGUAUGGUGAACACUGGGAAUACAGGGACGCUGAAAUUGUUUCAUGGCUGCAGCUGUGCGUCUUAAAAUGAACACAAUAGCUCCUACAAGCCCAGGAAGUUCAGGCCUGCAAACACCCAGACAAUACACCCACAUCAUUCCCUCUCUUUGAUGUAACUUGACUGCCCCCAAAAACACAUGUCACUCUGGACACUAAACAGAACCCCACACAGUCUGGCCCUCAGCCAGGUCUCACUUAUUAUUUUGUCUAUUUAAGCCAUUAAAAUGUUGUACCGGUGUGAUGACAAAAUCAAGUUUGGCAUAAGAAGUGCUUUCCAGGAAAUGAACAUGAGGUCCAGGCACCAGUUCUAUGGCACAGGUCAGAGGGAGACUCAGCAGGUUUUAAACUCCAGAUGUAUCCUUUUAUUCAUGUUUCAUUCAGGGACGCAUAAAGCAGACCUGACCAGGUCCAGACUUCUUCACCUGAUGGUUAAUGAGCACUGCUUUUAUGGUUACUGGGCUCUGAUCAUAAGUCAUCACAGAAAUGUAAUUGUGAAGCUCUUGUGUUGUUCUGUCUCAGUGUGAUGAUUAUUUACGACUUCUUUCUUGAUCCCAAAUAGACUGUGAGCACCUUGGUAAUAGGAGAAGCCAGUACAUCGGGGAAAUACUCCUGUGUGGCCUACAAUGGAGAUGGCGCCAGCACACUGAUGAUCCCUUUCUACGUUGAUGGUAAGCAGGUCACAGGGAUAUAAAAUUGCUGACAUGCAAAGUGUACUAUACCAUGCAAUAGAUUCUUUCAAAUGAUCUAUGCAUACAGUACAUGCUGUAAUGAACUGCAAGAGCGGGGAAGGAAUGUGCAGAUUGUAUUGUGCAAUAAAGAAACCAGAGGGGGGCAUUAAUUGAAACCAUCUCCCACUGUAGCUGAACUGCUGCGGGGCGGAAGAGAGGCAAACAUGUCCUGAGCCAUAUGGAGAGCCAUAAUGGCAUGCGUUUAAAAACAGCUUUGAAUAACUGCAUUCCUGCUCUGGUGCUAGCAGGUCAUUCCUCUUCUCUGUGCGCCUUCUGCUAUAAGAACAUACUUUUUAUGUGCAUCUGAGCAUUUCCAAAUGUUUCUGAAACGAAUAUCCAGCGACACAGUUAUGUAAUAAUCGUGAGGAUGAGGUGUCACUGCACAUGAGCAGAGUUUACUUUGGGACUAAGUGAAUCCCGUUUCCCCAAAAUGUUAUUUGCUGAAAGGGUGAAGGAUUACUUUUUUGUUGGAUGAGCGAUAGAAGUAGGUAAACCCAUAUUUGAAGGGCUGCCAAGUACUGAAAAAUUUGCCUCUCACUGGGAGGAUUCCCAAGAGGACUGGUGUGCUCUCUUCCAGAGGUGAAGAAGCUGGAGAAUGAAGGAAUGCUGCGAGAAAAGAGGACAGAAUUGUAAUAACAGCUGUCCUCUCUUACGGAACACAGAAUGCUUUCCAGCAAUCUGAAUAAACAAGCACAGUCUGGUUCCCCUGGGGCCCAGACACAGCUUCCCUCAUACUGGCUGAGUGCAUGAGCGCCAUCAGCAAUGCUGUCUAUCGGCAACAUGCUUCCAAUUAGCACUGAUGAAACAGGAAAUAACCACAAAUUUGACAUUCCUGACCAAGCGACGAGCAGUUUUGUGUCGAAAACUAUCAUUCGAAAUAGGAUAUCAAGGAUAUCAAGGAAAUAGGAUAUCAAGCCAGCAGGUUCAUGUCUCUGUCCGUACAUGUUGAACAUUAUAAAAAAAAGCUCCUCUUUAUCACACUAGAUCAACCGGAAGAAAUCACCAUCGAACCCCAAACAGCCAUUGCUGGAGAUGACAUCAAUCUGACCUGUCGAGCAGCUCGCUACCUCUACACAGACCUGCAGUGGUUGGAUUCCAAGAAUCAAACCAUCACCUCCAAUGUGUCCAGUCUGCAGCUCAGCCGCUACUCCAUCUCCCUCUCUCUCCAUCUGCACAAUGUGACCAAGAACAGCACCAAAGGUUACACAUGCCGAGGAGUAAAGCUGCACAAGAGGGUUGAACUCAAACCAGCUCAGCUUACCGUGGAUGGUAAAUUUAAGGAGAUUUUGAGAUGCUAAUUUCAUUUUGUAGCAUGUAAUCUUUACUAAUUUUAACACCAUUGCUAACAGUAAGCUGUUGUAGCAGCAUUAAAGUAGUUUUGUGUAUAUGUGUUGUCAUGUACAUGAAGAAUUGCAGACUAAAUGAUGCACUUGUAGAGGGAAAGUGACUCUUAAACUCUUUGUUGUUUUGUUUCGUGCAGCGAGAAAGCGCCCCUGGCUGAGUCAAAAUCUCACGAAUCAAGAUGUGAACAGUAGCAGCACCCUGAACCUGGCCUGCUUUGCUCUUGGAGUUCCUCGUCCUUACAUCUUGUGGUUCAAAAACGGUGUUCCAGUGGAAGAAGGACCAGGUAAUCUCGGAAAAGUAUUAUUUGUAAUACCUGAUUUUUGGGCAAAAGUGUAGUACUGGUGAACAAGUGCUACAAAAAUCAAGAAGUUAGUGCUGUAAGACUACACUUGCAAUGACUUGUGUUGCACAACAAUGUUUGAAGGUUUGGUCUGCAUUAUAAAGUAGGGCUGGGAUGAUAUGCUUUUCUCCCAAUUCGAUUCUUCUAUGAUUUUUUUGGAUGCUGAUUCGAUUUAAAUUGCAAUUCUACAAUAUUGUCACGAUUUUCUUGAUUUCAGUCUGCAUUUUUAACAUGAUGAUUAUGAUUGUGUACUGACUAUUUCAGGAACCAUAUUUCCCCAAAAAAUACACAUCACAUGUAAGCCAGUUUUGAAAAUUUAUUCUUAAAUUUGAAAAAAAAAAAAAAAAGAUUUUUGAACAUAAAAUUCGAUUUGAAAAUUGUAAAACGAAAGAUCACAAUACUCAUGUGAAUCAAUUUUUUCUCCCACCCCUAUUUUAAAGAUUGUAUUCAGGGUUUCGUAUUUGCAUCUACGUGCAAGCAACAGUGCUAACUAUUCCAAUGAUUGUAAGGAAAAAUCAACCUCUACCCUGAGAAACAUGACCUUUCACCUUAAUAUAUUCUAUUUGACAACUGAUGUGAGUUAGUUAGUUUGAGCCCCAGUUUUUACAUCCAUUAUGAAUAUUAUUAUUUUUGUUCAAAAUACACACUUCAAACUCUAAACCCGAUGAUAUAAGUUUGACUGAGAGGCUGCGUGUUUGCAGGUAUCACACUUGGAGUAGACGGAAUGCUGACCAUUGAGAGGGUGAAGAAAGAUGACGAGGGUCUGUACGAGUGUGUCGCCAGUAAUGUGGAGGGGAUGGCAAAAACAAGUGCUGUCGUUACCGUCCUGGGUAAGUCAUCCUAACAGGUUCAAACCCUCAAAACCAUCCACAGUUUGACACUGUAUGUGUGAAGUAGCGAAUCCUGCAUACUUAUUGAUUAAACUGCAUGUCCCAUCAGAAGGUCUCAGAGGUUCUGUUAGCUUUGUGUUUUCCUGUCCGCACAACAAACAGCUCAGGCAGGACUUUAGCGUGAAGUCUCCCCUGACAGAAAAUCUGUAGCUGCCAGGAAUGCCGAGUGAAUUCCUUUUUGGGUUUUAUGAUCAAGGCUCUGGCUGAGUGUCCUUGCCUUGAGGACAUGACCUCAGUGAAGUGUUAAGAGGUCCACUAAUGAGCGAGAAGAGAUUGACAUCCACAACAGCUAAGGGACUAGAAAUACACAGAAGAUAAUUGGAGUAGAAGCCGCUCUCUUACCUUACGUGGACAUUUUCAUGUAAAAUCAAUGAAGCUGUAAAGGAGGGAAUGAAAUUGCAGAUGCUAUAUUAUGCAGCCAAUAUUCUCCACAUCUAUGAAGCUACAUAGGUUCUUAUUAUGCUGGAACUAAGAUGUACUUUUCCAGCUUUAGAGUUCAUAUAUUCUGUUUCUUCCAUUGUACAAAGAUUGUCAGCAUCUUGCUUUGAAGAGUUAGUCAAGGCUUGCUUGAACUUAGUACAGAUUCACAGGAUAUUAGCUGUCGGAGCUUCGACAUUGACUGUCAGAAAAAACUGUUUGGAUGAAAACACAAAAGAAAAAAGUGUGAUAAACAUGUUCGAGGAAAUAAACACCUGAGUGUGUUUCCACUUACAUCUGAUGUAUAAUUUCUCAGAGUACAUUUAAAGAGAAACAGGAAAAAGAAAAAAAAGAGAGGUUUAAAUUUAUGGGUCUUUCAUUGCAUUUCUAUCUAUUUUUCACAAAUCCCUGUCAAAUUAAUAUGAAGAUUUAUGAGAUCAUGAAUAGUACGCUGCGAUUCUCUGUGGUCUGGGAGUUCAUAGCAGUUCUUCUCUUUCCAGGCGACGAAGGGAAGCCAAACGUUGAGGUAAUCAUUUUGGUGUGCACAGGGGCUGCAGCCACGUUCCUUUGGCUCAUGCUUAUCCUCUUCAUCCGCAAGCUGAGAAAGGUAAGCACUAUGUUAUUUCUUUUUCACAGAAACCACAUGAGAUUAGCUUUCGCCAAGAUGUGGAAAGUUCAAACAGUCAAACAAGUGACAGUGCUUUUGUGAAAUGUUUGCAGAUCCUCUUUUGUUUUGACUUUAUGGGAGUGACUAAAUCAGGCCUCAGGCAACUGAUUCAAGCCUCUUGUGAAAUAUAGUUUCCUGACGACAAAUUUAGUCUGUGUUUUAUGAUUUCCACAUUUCACGAGGAUGGUGAAGUGCUAAUCAUAUGUGCAUGUUUGCUAUGGCCUCAAAAGAGAACAUCAUGUGCUCACUCAAAAGAGAAAUGUGGAGCGAGGCUUUAAAGCUUAACAUUUUAAACAACUAAACAAAAUAAAAUAGAUCUUAUGAAAUUUUAAUUUUGCCAUGAUUGUCAGUAUGGCCCCUCAAAUUCUAAUGCUUAUCUCUACCUUCAGCAACCAGCACACUAUAAAAUGGGUCCGUCUAUCAUCAUUGACCCUGAUGAGUGUCCCCUCGACGAGCAGAACGAUCUUCUUCAGUAUGACAGCAGCAAAUGGGAGUUUCCACGUGACCGCCUGCGACUGGGUGAGAAUUUCACAAACCAACCAAUAAGGAGAAUGUGUUUUUUCUUGUUUUGUAUAAAAGAGACCCAUAUAAAGAGAUUGUCCUUCGGGGAUCAAUAAAGUUCUUCUUCUUCUUCUUCUUUACAAACAAGUUUGAAGGAUAUUACAAAUUGGCUCCAAAUGGUUUCUAGAGGACAUGAUGCACAUACUUAUUCUAACUUUUUCUGUGCUAAACUUAAAUUCAUGAGUGAGCGUAUGCAGCUGUUGAAAUGAUGUUUUAUUCAUGCAUGUGAUAUAAUAUCAAAAUAUUUGCUGGCUACCUUACUGAAUGCACAUAACCCAGCGUGCUCAGUCCUUGUUAAUGCGAUACUUUCAGUGAUAAAUUGUCACUUCAUUGAUUGAUGUAACCUCUUUAUACUGUAUACUGCUGUGGCCUCCAUUGCUGGUUUGGGCAUAUUUUAUUGCUAUUGUACACAGUGGUGGGAAUCCCAGAGUAACUCACAAUACAAUGUUAUUGAUACAGCAAUUUUGCAAGAUUUAAUGAAUAGCAAGACAAUCAUUUAACUACAUAUCAUGAUACCUGAUAAACUGAAGAAUCCACAAUUCGCCUUCGAGGUAAAUGCAUGAUUAUUAUCAUUGGCACCGCUGCUUGAGAGACACAGUGAGAUAAACGAAAAGGAAACUUGUUGAGAGAGUCACACUAUUUUCUGCUGCUCACAGAAAACAGGUUCAACCAUACAUGAAAUUUCACAGAUGUCAAAUGAUUUAGUGAAAAUAAAAAAAGUUAAGAGUCAGUAAGGAAAUGUGAAGCUGCAGUUUGUGUAAUGAGAUAGGUGUUACCCUUCUCCCCAGCUGAUGUGCAGGGUCAUUACUCAUCAGUGACCUGUGCCGUCAUUCAGAUUUAAGCGAACCAUAAAUCCUCAAGAAAAGCUGCCUGCUGAUCAGCGCGCCAGCAUGUUGUUUUAAUUACAGAGCCAUCGCCUGACUGACAGGGAAUCCACUCUGAAAUUUUCCCCGCAGGACAGGAAGCUCUAAUGUCAUCCCAUUUUAAAAAUACCUUCUUCCUUUGCCAGGCAAAACUCUUGGACACGGAGCUUUUGGGAAAGUGGUAGAGGCCUCUGCCUUUGGGAUCGACAAGCUCUCAACAUGCAAGACUGUGGCUGUCAAAAUGCUGAAAGGUAGGAAGGAGUUUUUAACACAGUGACUCGACCUUUUCGCACAUACCUCAAGUUUGCCUACGUGGCCCACUGUGUUUUUUUAUUCCAGACACACUACCAGUCAUGAUGGAGAGGCCAGCUUUAGCAUGAGAAGAUAUACUAUUGUAUGGGUAGCAGAUGAAUAACAUUUAUGUGCCAUUCCUGAGAGGAUUUAUUUUGUGUGCACGUUACUGACUCAUGAGCUAGAGCACCACAUAUGCCUGCAAUUAAUGUUUGUAUAGCGUAUCAGUUCAAAGAAAAGCAUGCAGUGUCUGUUCCUUUAGGAGUGCAGAUAGAGGUAAAGGCUAAGCCCUCUAACCCUCUCCUUGAUGAAGAGAUUGAGUGCAUACAGAUCUAACAGCUCGGAUCAGAAUGUGCGAGAUCUGCAGGUGAAGAAGAGUUCAGAAGCCGGAGAGCUACAAGUGAAAAAGAAAGAGGAACAACAAGUUCAUCUAUUUUUCGCCACACUGUGGAGACUUUAACAUUUGGAAACUAUCUCCUCUCCGCUCUUGAUUUUUAAGAUGAAUGUUUUACAAUCUCAUUUCAACAUCUUUCCAGAUUUUUUUUCCAAGAAACUCGAAUGUUGGAUCGAAAUGAAAACAGGAAAACCAACAAGCUCAAAUGAGUAGCGAUGACAGAUGCUUUGUUGUAUUAUUCCCCACAGUUUCAUGUGUGAGGGAGAUCUAGUUUAAAAACAUCUAGCUCUUUUCAGUGCGAUGAAACUGCAGACCUAUCAUUGAUAUAUGAUAAACUCAUGUAUCUGUAGGAACAAAAAACACGGCUGAUGGUGAGAUGUAUCGCCCGCUGUCAUACUAUUAAUCACGGCUCGGCAUAAUUCACCGGCUCUCUGGAAAGAACAGACUCUCCCGCUGUCGUAGGUCAAACUUAAUGGAAAGCAGCAGGUCUCCUCAAAUUGACCGUGGUUUAUCUAAAGACUCCCUCACUGCUUUAACUUCAAGCUCAUAAAUUUCUAGUUCAGAGAAGCAACGUAAGACAACCUCUGCAUCUUGAUUUUCAUAAUUCAAGGUUAGAACUAAGUAAACAGAAUAAAUGGAUCAAAAACAUAAUGUGUGCAACUCCCUUUUUUAUAUACUGGUGUUUGAUUUCCAGCACAAGCAAGAGCGACAUCAUAUCACCAGCCAAAAGCAAUAUUUGUUUUUCCUUCAUAUUUAAUGAACUCUCAGGAUUAGAUCCCCCCAGUAAUCCAGCUACCAGGGUCCUCAUUAUUGCAUGGAAGCAAAAAUACCAUCAUCAUGUCGCUUUGCUUCUUUUCUACACUGCUGUCUUUAAAUGUGAACUGAAACUUUAUAUGAGUCUAGCUCGCUUAGUUUAAUGUCUACGCCAUAAAUGUGGAACAUGAUUCUUAUCUGUAAAGGAGUUUAGAUUUAAAGCUUACAUAAAUAAGAUGGGGAGAUCUUGACAAACAUAAUUUAAGGCCUAUAAUUAAAAUCCAGUCCAAUAGAAGUGUGCAUACUUCGAGCCGGGAUGUUUAAUGAUACAUCGCUCUAGCUAAAGAAUCUCCAUAUGUGUUUAUGUUGUUACAGGAGGGGCUACAUCCAAUGAGCGGAAAGCUCUGAUGUCAGAGUUAAAGAUCCUGAUCCACAUCGGCCAUCAUCUGAAUGUGGUCAACCUGCUGGGAGCCUGCACCAAGCCUGGAGGUGAGAGGAUAUCACACGCAACCUUAUUUUGUAGUAAUUCAGUGUAGAAAUAUGAUGUUAGAAAAGAACAGGUACAACAGUGGAUUUCUCUGUUUGCCUGUCCUGUCUUUCUUUAUUUGGAACAAUUGUAAUUUGUAGGAAAACUCACUGUUAAAUAUGCUCUUAACAGGCCCCCUGAUGAUGAUAGUGGAGUUUUGCAAAUAUGGCAACUUGUCCAACUAUUUGAGAAGCAAGAGAGAAGAUUUUAUCGUCUACAAGGUGGGUCAGGAAAUGCAGGAGUAGGACUCUCCCUCACUCUACAUUCUACCUCUAUUUUAGUGUCUAUUUUAACAAUCAUGUAGGAUGGCUCCAUGCAUGUCAACAGCUGUGUUCAACCUCAUCCCAUUAAAUUUGAUGUGUAUUGGCCACACAGAGUCAGGACGGUAAGGUGGUGUCUUCAGGAUCCAGCUGUGAGCUGAGCGAGCUGAUGAAGCGCCGCCUGGAGAGUGUGGCCAGCACCGGAAGCUCUGCCAGCUCUGGCUUCAUAGAAGAUAAGAGCUACUGCGACUCAGAGGAAGAGGAAGAAGGUAAAGGCCAAGAACGUCUUGCUUCCUUUCAACCCUCACCCUUUGUCCCCCCCUCUACUCUCACCUCUGCUCCACCCCGCCUAUGAGGGAACCAAAAGCUCUCCUCGGAUUGUUUUCCAGCCCAGUCUGAUGGGACGUUUCCUCCUCCUGUUCAGCAGUACAAUCACUGCAGCAGGAGCCACUGUCACCCCACUGAGACUGGGGAGGCGUCUGUUUGUUUCCUGCCCUGACCUGAAGCUAGCUCUGCUCCCAGGCUCCAGCUUGAGCACGGCACGUCAGGCCCUGUUGUUCCUGACGUGUUAUUUCUGGUUUGAUUAGCUGUUUACUCAGGUGGCUUAGUGGAAGGACUCCCCGAUGAGUUCCUCCUUCAGACCCCCGACCAGUGCACUCGGCCUGUACCCACACGUUUCACCUGACAUCUGAAAAAAGGAAGAUUUGCUAUUUGUUUUGAUUUCUCAUGCAUGAAGGAAGUUUUAAAGACAGAGUGUGGAGGAGGAGGCUACGUGACAGGAAGGAUUGUUUAGUACAUUUUGCAGUUUCCCCUCGAGUAUCCUUACUGUAUCCUCUUUGUAGAUUUAUUUGUCAAGAGCAGAGACCUGCUGGUUACAUUUAGAAACUAGUCUGCUUUGAUGAGAAAGGUUGAUAUGCUCAAUUUAAAGGAAUUUGCUUUAAACCUGAAAAAUAUACCACAGUAAGGAUCCUCUGUGUUCUCUUGUUUCACAGAAUCUGAAGAUUUAUACAAGAGAGUCCUGACAUUGGAGGAUUUGAUUUGCUACAGUUUCCAAGUUGCAAAAGGCAUGGAGUUCCUGGCUUCACGCAAGGUAUUAUUUUCACCCAAAUUACAACAUUUUUUUAUCAUACUAUAGUAUGACUUUUUUUAAACAAAUUUCAAAUUUUUAUCACACCAUACUAAAACAUUUUUCAUACUAAAUUUAAGUUUUUUUUAACAUACUAUACUGUGACAUUUUUUCAUACUAAAAUUUAAAAUUUUCAUGAUACUUUACUGUGACUUUUUUAACAAACUAUGUGACAUUUUUUUAUGCUUAAUUUUUAUUUUUUUUUUAUCAUACUUAACUAUGACAUUUGUAUCAUACUAUACCAUGACAUUUUUUAUACUAAAUUUUUGAUUCUAUGGAAAUAAUGUUUAAAAAAAUCAUUUGUGCUGCAUUUCUAUUUCCCUUUUACUACAUUGUUUGGUUUGAUUUCGAUGUGUUUGUGCUCAAAAAUUGGUCCACUCAAGUUUUUUUAUGCAUAGAGUAAAAACUGGAAGUGAAAAUUUUUCUUGACUCACAUUUAACAAUGUGUUCAAGUUGCUUUAAUCACAACACACUCAGCUGCUUUACUGUAAAAACAACCCUAUUCUCCAACUGUUUUUUUUUAACAUCCAUUCAUUUUUCAUGUCAUUCAUAAUUUUGAGGUCAGACCCGGCGGGACUGAUUAGAGAACCAGGUCAUUGUAGUGUAUAACCUGUUGCAGAGCCUGGAUAUGGAACACAUCAUCUCCUAUUGUAAUAUCACUGAUGACUUGACCAUGUGCUGCUCUAUGAGCCGCCAGGUUUAUCGCACGCAGAGCACCAUUUUGAAGAUAAUAACAUGCACAAAAACCUGAAUUUAUUUAUGUAAAUGUCGCAAACAAAAGGAUGAAGUUUCUUCCUCUUUGUUUUAGUGCAUUCACCGUGAUCUGGCAGCACGAAACAUCCUGCUGUCUGAGAAUAAUGUGGUGAAGAUCUGCGAUUUUGGACUUGCCAGAGACAUCUACAAAGACCCAGACUAUGUGCGCAAAGGAGAUGUAAGUUUUUACACUUGUCUACAGGCGGUCAGUGUUGACAGCCCCUCUCAUUGUAGCAACGUUUUUAGUCAUCUACCAAUUUUGAGGACUGAACCACUUUGGCAGUUCCUGGAAAAGACACAAAAAUCAACUGAGCUCAGUGUGUUUGUUUGAAAGAUAGAUAAGAUAGAGAGAACCUGCCCACAGACUGAGUUAGGAACUGUAGAUACGGGCUGGCUCUCUGCAGAUGUAGUGGAGCGAUCAGUCUCCAUAACUGAGAUAAAGGAGUGCAUGGAGUAAAUUAUUUUUCUAUCUCCUUACCUGAACAGGCGAGGCUGCCGCUGAAGUGGAUGGCCCCCGAAGCCAUUUUUGACAAAGUCUACACAACCCAGAGUGAUGUUUGGUCCUUUGGUGUUCUCAUGUGGGAGAUCUUCUCUUUGGGUGAGUGUCAGGCCUCAGCAUCGACCACUACUUAACAUGCAUGCACACUGAGGUGCGAAGAAAGGACAGGUCUUAAGAAAAAGGGAUAAGAUGGAUCUAACGUUGAAGUGCAAAAUGACACCACUGCAAAUAAGAGUAAACAGUUUUUUAUCUGGGAACAGAAGCAACUUUUUAAAUCCACAUAUUUGCCUCUAGCCUGGCAUGUCAAAGGAGCUUGUGGUUCUGUUUUUAGAUAAGUUCAGGGAAAGAGAAGGUGGGACUUGAUAGACCCACUUGGUGCCCCCCGAUGCAGAGCCUCUCCAGAUGCACAGGGGUAAUAACUGUCUUCUUCCACUGUGAAAUUGUGCCUUUGGGACAAAGGGCCUGGGCUUGCAUUGUCAGCCUGAAAAAACUGUUUUCAUGCCACUCGUGUAAGAAGCAUUAGUGAGGUUAGACUGUGGUUUUUAGUGCAGGCAUGGGACAUAAAAACGAGAGAACACCUCCUAUUUAAGUUAUCCGUUUCUUCCCAGCUGUAACACAAACUCACUGUAACCAAGCAGCCAGCUCAGUGUAAAAGUGUUUCCCUGCUGUGAAACCACUGCAGCCUUUAAAACAGCAUUGUGUGUCGGUCCAUGAUGGCCUGUGCACUGUGGAACAGAGCUAGCAACACAUUUCUAUAGCGAGACUCAACGUGAAAUAUGUUUAAAUGUCACCAUGGGAAGCAGGAGAAACAUAAGAGUACUUGUUAUAAAAGCAGAGAGACUAAGUUGGAUGUAUUGCUGUUUCGCACAUUUGACCGCUCUGCUUUUGAAACAUGGCCAUACAGUGUUGUCACCUGCUGCGGUUUAAAGAAAGUGUGUCAAAUUGUAUGGUCUGUAAAUGUAAAGCGCCGCGACGUCAUCGUGACACUCUUUUUCUCUCUUCUUCCCCUCUCUUUUUUUCGCUCUUUUUGGCACAUUCUCACCACAUUUUUCCCCUAAAGAAACGCUCACACAUCUGGGUAGAGUUAGCACGGCCUCGGGAAAAUAAAUCAAGAAACAAGGAUACAAAACGACCGAGAAAAAUGGCACGAGAAGUGAGCUUUGCAACCUGAUCGUGUUUAGAGGUCAAAAGUUUCAGGGUAACCCCAGUUUGUUUUUCAGAUCACUCCAGCCAAAAGUGUGUCAGUUUUGUUUUGGAGGCUGAGAUAUCCAAACACUUGUUUGUGUUGUGUUGAUGCCAGACAGGGAACUGGGCCUGCCGAGGGUUUGUUAUUAAAGACCAGACGACUGUUAUUAGAGUCAAAUUAUUAAAUAAGUGAAAUGUAUUUAGGGUGUUUUCUUUUUUAUGACACAAUUGGCGUACAUUGGCACAUGGUAGUUUUGAUCAUUUUAAGGAAAACAUUUUUUACAUUGUGCAAUGAAAUAUUUAGACUAACUAAAUCAAAUCUACAGUCAAAUAAAUAAUGCAGAAAUGUUUAAAAAUAUCAAAGUUGCUUUCUAUAACUGUGAUUGUAAGUUUAACAAUAGUUAGGGUCUUAUUUAGAUCGUAACUCAUUGCAAACCCCAGUAACCAAGAACACAUUACAGGCUGGAUGUUGAGUUUACGAUAAGUAAGUUGUGUAUUUUUUUUUCACAGGUGCCUCCCCGUACCCUGGUGUCCAAAUUGAUGAGGAGUUUUGCUGCAGACUGAAGGAGGGGACCAGGAUGAGAGCACCAGAAUAUUCCUCCUCUGAAAUGUAAGAAAUCCCUUAAACAACAAAUGAAAAAGAAAUUUACUGCACACUUUCCACCUCAAAGGGAAUAGUGUUGUAAAUUCUGUCAGGAGCCUUUACUUGAUUGGCUGUUCUUGUAUCUGCAGUAUAACCUUAAGACGGACAAAAGAAGCAUUAAGGUGUUCAAAUAUUUUCUUUUUUUAGAGAAAACUUUUUGAUUUAAAUUUACAUUUUUUCCCCCUCCACAAAGCGGCUGUAUGUUUCUCCUUACAGAGGCAGCAAGUUAGGGGCUCUCAUAUACAUACAGCAAAGAGGAGGCUCGUGCUGUUCUCCAUUUUUGUAAUCGCACCAGCAGAUCAGGGGCGCCCGAUAAGAUUUGUGGGUAAUCCAGCUCUGAAACAUUAGCCACUGAUGAGCUCUGCAGCGGCACGCUUCAGGCUUUUAAGUAUUUUCUGACUGACAGGGGCGCAGAUGUAACUGGAUGUGUUGAGCACAGAUUCCCCCAGUAAGGAGAGCCAUAGACUGCAGGGUGUUUUUGAGCAGGGGUGUGUAGAUGGUGCUGGACAUAAAUAUCUGUGGGAGAACAGAGAGUCCUCUUCUUUAGUAACAGUGCUGUCAGUCAGGGAUGCAGCUAGACAAACUUUUACUGUAAUAAAAAUACUUCUGUCAAAUGUGCAGCUGAUCUAGAACCAACCAACACAGUCCGAGCUUUGGGUCUCUCUCCAACGUACGUGCACACAUUGUGUCUGGUUUUAAUUUAAAGUGACUCUUAUAGUCCGCAAAUCUAAUGUGUUUUGAAAGCGUAAAGCUGCACUCCUGCUCAAUAAUGAUGUGGUAUCUAAAGGUCUUUUGUGUUAAAGCAACUUGUGCCAAGUAAAGCUAACUGGAUGAAUUUAUCAUCUUUGCAACAAAGACAGUGAUUGGAAAUGAUUCAGAAAAUCGAAACCAGACUGCAGCCUUCAAUCAGAGCAGGAGAUCUAUAGAUGCAGACCUGCUGGUGCCAAGAAUCUCUUGUACUUUCCAUCUUGUACGGACAGUCCGCUGACAAAAAUAGAAGUGCAAGAUUAUGUAUUUUGCCUGCUUAUGGUUGUGAGGCCUGCCCCUGAUUUAAUGCUAAGAUAACGCCUGCUGAUACCAGUAUGAAAGAGAUGCAUAAAAAAUCGGAGCAGUCAGAGGAAAAAUUCCUCUGAUCCCCUGCAAAGGUCUGCACUCCAUCACGUGUCUGGUUUUGACACCCGGACCCCUCACUCUACUAAUCUUUGUAGGAUGAGAAGCACAAGAGGUCACAGGCAGCUAGGGGGGAAAUAGUUUACUCCACUCGUGCACUGAUUCAUCAGGAAUGUUGCCCUCAUUAAUACGUUUCCCUGGUCCUGAUGCAUUGCAGAGGAAUUUAGCGGAUGCUGCUCAGAGAGUGGGAGGACAAUAAAAAGGAUGCUCACUUCCCAUCCUACCAACCGGACAAAGUAGCCUAGUUCUACAAUACCCCCCCUCCCUCAGACACACCACACUCCCUCCAGUCCUGAGACAUGCAGGGAAGGCUAUUUAUUCUCAUCACAAAUCAUGCAGGAAAUGUGCUUUAAAUUGUGCACCCAUACAAUGUGUCUUACACCCCCCAUCAAUGAUAUGAAUAAAGGAAGUGAUUGCGCUCUCUACAUCCUGCCUCUACAUUAGGAGGACCUCCACCUGGAUGAGUGCAGUAUAUGUUUAUUAAGGUUGUAUCACAGCUGCUCGGCUUCUUUCAGCGAGGCAACACUGAGUAGAGUAACAUACCACCGUUGAUUGACAAAGACCCCGUUAUGUGUCUACAGAAAACAUUAAAACCAAGUUUUUCUGUUGGAAAACUGGGAUUCAUCACCAACCAAUCCCAAUCUCUUAUAUCUUAGUAACUAAAUCUUAUUAAGCAGCUGUGGGCUCUAAAUUCCCCCAAAAAAUGAGACGGAUGUGAACUCCCAUGCAGGCUCUGAGUCUUAGCACAUGGACAGAGACACUGACAGCUUGUCAGAGACCUGAGAAAAGAUGUGUACUCUGUGAGCUUCUCACCCAAGACCAGGAGAGAACCGGAUACAGCCCCAGAGGCUCAGUCAGGAUCUGCCGAAAAUAGAAAACAGGGUUUGCAUGACUUUUUUUUUUUUUUUAAGACAAGUUUAUUUAAAAGGGGAAGCAGAUGUGAUCUCUCGGUUUAAAAGGCGUGGUUAUAAAAGACGACAGAGUGUGAAGCUGAAAAUAAAUCUCAAACAUUGACAGAAUACAAAAAGGUUAACUUAAACAAAAUUUAGAACUCCAGAUGUAAAAUACAGACAUCUCCAACCACUGAAACUAUGAUUUUUCUUGCACUCAAACCCUUGUUGGGGAUCCUGAACCUCAAAUGACUGAAUCUAUGUCACGUGGCACUGCUGGUGUUUCACAGAAGACCAAGACACCUUGAUAGCAGCCUUCAGCUCGUCUGUAUUUUUGAGUUAGGUGUCUCUCAUCUUCCUCUUGACAAAUACCUCACUGAUCAUCUCUGGGAUUCCGGUCAGGAGAGUUGCCUGGUCCAUCCAUCACAGUAAUAUGGUCAGCAAAGCAUGUAGUGGUAGUUUUUGUAUUGUAGGAAAUCAGAAAUGGUAUAGCACCCCGAAUCAUCUCAGAUUGAAGAAAUUUCCCGCUGGACUUUUCUAGGAUUCUGGAAUUGUAGGAUUCACCUGUGUACCCUGAAUUGUCCAAAAAUGUCCAUACAGUGUUCUGAGGAUUAUAUCUGAUUAUGGGUGUACUCUUGCUUUUAGAUAUCAGACCAUGUUGGAUUGCUGGCAGGGGGAGCCACAGGAGCGACCCACCUUCACUGAGCUGGUUGAAAGGCUGGGAGACCUGCUACAAGCCAGCGUGCAACAGGUAUGACGGACAAGAGAGUGUGUACUGUUUAAAUAAUACAAUUAAAAAUAAAACGAGAGUUUUAUUCUAAGCACUCCUAUAAAUUAAUGUUAUAUAAGGAUCACGAUUUCUCAGUUUUACGUGAUUCAAACUGAAAGUUAAUCACAGUUUCCGAAAUAGCUGAAAAGUGCUGAAUCUAAAUGAGUGUUUGAAGUUAUUUCCUCAUAUUUCAAGAAUUUUUUUGGACACUUCGGCUCCACAGAAAAUUACUCACUUUUUCCAUUAUCACUUUUUCCGUGAUUCAUAAAGAUUGCAAAUAGUCAGGAAGCAGUGAUGCUGGUUAGAGUCCUGCAGCCUAAAGACAAACCCAGAGCGGCUCCCUGCCCAGAGGUGUGCUUAGAGUAUCCGAGAGGGGAAUAACACUCGACACAAACAUUUGAUUUCCUUUGAAAAGGCCUCAUCGGUCUUGUAAGAGGAACUUCACUUCAAAGCAUGGUGCAUUUGUUAGUUUAACGCAGCAUAACAAUGUCUGGUUUGAAUGCUGUGUGUGUCUAAAAAUGGUCUUAGUGUGUGGAUUGUUUACAUCUGUCAGAGAGUCAAAGUCCUCCUUGGUCAAACAAGGACAACUGAAAUGCACUGUCGGGGAAAAUCUGCAUUUGAUUACCAUCGAAACAUAUUAUCCAUCUGACAGAUUUCAACAGGCGUAAUCCACUGCAGCCUUUUCACUUUUCACGGGUGUUACUUAUAUUAAAACACAAAACAGCACAACAGCCAGCCGUACUAAAUACCAGCAACCAUUAAAUUAAAGCAGCUCUGCGUGUAAUCAAUCAAAAUUUGUUUGGUUUUCUUUCAGUCUGUUUCAGAUCAGAUAUUUAGUCCACUUCUCCAUUCAAAGACACAUAGACAGUUUAGUUUAGACAACGACACCUCAUUCAAGGACAUUCAUCUUCAUUUACAAAGUGAUGGUUGAAGCUCCCAUCAGAAGAUUUUGACGUUAUUGAAAUAGACUGAAAAUCAUAUUGAUGCCUUUUCAUGGCAUCCCAAAGCAGAUGAGACCGUCGGCGACAAGAUUGGUGGUUUUUGUAUCCUAAUUUUUAAAGUCUUUUUUCUACGACCCCCACAUAGUAUAUUGAAUAUUAGUGUCAUAUUGAUAUUAGUACCACUAAAGUGGGCAACAUAGGCAAACCUAAAGGCUCUACCCGGAGUUUUGAGCCAUUUUAAUUUAAAGUAGAAGUACUAAACGACAGCGAAUCAACGACAAAAUGAUUUUCAAAAGCUGAUGAGGUGCCUCAAACCUCCAGUCACUGAGGAAGAGAGGCUUCAUUGUUGGGUUGUACAUCAAGCACACAAAGAAAAGGAGUCAUAUUUCACUUCUUUUUUAAAAAGAGGACACAGGUUUUCCAGUGAAGCAAUCAGAGAUAAAGACAAGUCCACCCAUCACAUCACAUCACAUGAAAAACAGCACCUUUCUAAUGUAAAGAGUCUGUGAAAUGUAUCUUCAUGAGAAACGAAUCAGCCUGAGCACAGAACAGUGGAGGGGUUUGACUCUUAAACUGUAAAUAAAACUGUUGUUACAGGAGAGGAAAGCUGGUCAUGGUCUCUGCCACCUCCAUCAACUUCAUGAACAUUGUGUUGGAUUUAUUAGGCAUGACUUUAGUUUCUUUGGCUGCUUGCCACAACCUGUGUGUGUUUGUGUAGCUGAACGCAGCGUUGACCUACUUAAAUCUCUAAGUAAAGUCUGCAUCAUGGAAGCAAAAGUCUGGUCUCUAAAAUAUUCUCUCUCUGUUUUUUUUUAGGAGGGGAAACAUUACAUACCCAUUAACACAGCUCUGCUCGCCAAAGUGGGGGAUCCUUCCUCCACAGUGCCGUCGGAGGAGACGCCAACACGACCCGUCUCCAACCGUGACUCAGGAAACUCUUGGUAAGAACUUGGAUUAUUGUUUAUUAAACAGCUGACAUAAAGAAAGUCACCUGACAACAAUGUCUGUGGACAGGGGUGGAUAGUUUGACCGGUCUUUGUGGCGGGUUAUUAAUCAGAUUUAGAUUUUUUUUUUUUUGUUGAAAAAUUAUGAAAUUAAUAAUGAAUAAUGUGCCUAAAAACCCACACUAGACAGAUUAUUUCAAUAGUUUUUUAAUGCUUGGAAUCACUGCCAGGGGGUAUUCAUAGACAUGGAUAGGACAAACAACUGAAACGAGACAUGCUUUGUCCACAAGAGGCGCCAAAAACAGGAGAACCCACAUGAAAGUCCCUCACAGGAGCUUUAACAUGACUUCUAAACAAGUCUUUAUUCUUCUUCAGAUUUUAUGUGUUUUUUCUGGCAAAAAGUCUCGGACAGGAACUGAUCUUAUUCUCCUUCCCAUCAGAACCUUCAAUACUGUCUAUCAAGCACACAGUUCUCUUCACUCUGAAAAAUGUAUCAGGGCAAAGUUUAUUUUUAGGUAUUUACAUCUAUUUGAUUUUAUUUAAAUUAUUAAAUAUUUAAGAAUUUAUUCAUUCUAAUUUCUUAAAAAUAUCAUGAAUAUGUUAUUCUGAAAACAAUUCAGUUUAGUCAGUUAAAACAUAUGAAUAUAGUUUAAAUAUGAUGAGCUGUACCAAGAUUCAUUUAGUUAGAAUUUAUGAGACAGAAACAAAUUGGAGUUAUCAAUGAUGAAUACAUAAAUCCUCAUUAUUUAUUCUCAUCACAUUGGGUUUAUUGGUAUUAUUACAUAAUUGAAUUCUUAAUUGUUUUAUUUACGUUUGACUGACAAAUAUGCAGCACAUAAAGUUUACUGCCUUGUUAAUAUUAAAUCUAAGUAAUUCAAAUAAAUGGAAAUUUGAUAUGAAAUGAGACCUAAAUAUUUCUGUGAGUGUUCAUUUCUAUCACAACAGUGUCAGUUCCUCCUUCUACAUUAAUCUCUUACUACUUAAGUUAACAUUAGCCCCUUGAACCCUAAGAAUGACCCCAGCUGUGGUUUCUUGUCCUUUUUGGCUCGUAUCUGUUAAACUCCUCCGUGUGCUUGUUUAGCCUUUUCGAAUGAAAUAAAUCAUCUUAUCAGAAAGAUUUGCAAACCUGUCCUCAAACUGUCGAGGCAAACCGUGCAGGGACUGUUUUGCAAAGGAAAUUCCUCAAACAUUUUUCAACUUUGUGUUGAAUAAUAUCCAAAACAUUCAGUGUCCCUGUAGCGCUCAGACUAAACUCAACCUGGAGAACAUUUGUAUCUAACCUGAGGACAAUGAGAGUCCCGAUGUGCACAUGAUAAGAAAUAUAGACACCCCAACUUGAUGGCCGAAGAGCUUUCAGUGUUUGCAGCUCCUGUGAGGAUUCUCACCUAAAACCACAAAGCUGGCUUCAAGGUUUACGUCCACUUAAAAUAAUAUUUAUUGAGCUCUUGGGUUUUCACAGGUCCACCAGAGUGUUUAUGGAGAAGGUGUUGAAAGGAGUAAUGACAGUUACCCCUUAAGCUAAAUUAAGCGGUCGUUUCAGUCUCUGAGUGUUGAAAUUCAAAGUAAACAAAGCGUGUUUUCAAAGAACAAUGUCAUAGACGCCACUCGUUGUUGAUUUAAGUGAUUACGUUCCUGCGGUUUUGUUGCCGAACUUUGCUCUGGGCUCCAGUGUAAUCAAACACAACCUCUAAACAGAAUGAAAACAUUUUAGGGUGCUCUGGAGAUUUACACUGGAAAUAUUUUCUCACCAGGAACGUCAAGAUUCGUCCCGCCAGUGUGAAAACCUUCGAUGAGGUGACCAUGGAGCACCUGACGAAUGAGAGCCAUGAGGUCAGUUAUCCACUGGAGAAACAAACUUGAAACAAAUAAAUGUGGAUGUUGUCUGAAGCAGAGCGGCUGAGAUGACUUCAACAGAAACUUUAUGGUAGAACAUAAAAGUUAUUGUUUUCUGUGACUCGGCUGAACUGAAUGAGACCUAAUCUUGAUUUGGAUGGUACCAAUGACUGUAGCUUCCUUACUAUCAUGUUAUAUGGAGGUGCUAUAUUUGGCCCCAUCUCAUUGAGUUUGUUUCUGCUGUUUUCCUCACUUCUGUUGGUUCAAAUUAAAAAAGGGUAUUUGAACUGCUGGUUUGCUACCUUUAAAGACUUGAUACCCUUUGUUUCUCUUUUUGAAAUACAUUUAUAAAAUAAAUAAACUAAAUAAAUAACAUUUAUUUAAUGCUUUUUUAAGCUUCCAUUAGAUCUGCUUGGCCAAACUUGCUAGGACAGUUUUGGUUACAACAGUGAUAAUAGAGAGAGACUUUGCCAGGUUUUAGCAGUAACAGGCAUUGUUUUAAAUGGAUGGUGAAGUAUAAAGUGCAGUUAAAGCCUAAAAAAACAACUAUUUUCACCUUUUAUCUAAAGAUUUCAUGAUGUGCGUAAUAUUCUUGUCCAAACUGGAUCAUUUCCCGUUUUUUUAUCUUCAUGGCAUGCUGAUAACAUUUAAUACUACUCAUACUGAUUUUAAACUGUCCUUUAAAUGUAUUAUCCACUUACUUAGAAGCACUUUAUGCAGUUAUUCAUUCAGCUCUUAUAAAGAAAGGGGUGAUUUACACUGUCUGUUCCAUCAUCUUCAUCAUCAGGGCGGUCAAUCAGACAGCGGGAUGGGCCUCUCAUCCGACAACAUGAAGACUCUGAAGCGCCUCGAGUCGCUGGCAGGCAGACCUCUGAGCAUCAUGGCUCUGGCGUAAGUGCUCUACUCUUUUAAGUGCCCUUCUCAGCAACUCUCACCAGACAAACCAGCACGCACAAACAAAGAGAGUCUUCAAAAUACCUGCUUAGAAACCUCCCCGCUGUGCUGGAAUGUAGACACUUUAACUGUCACACUCACACACAAACACACACAUUUCUCCUGCCUUAAAAAGACGUCAGCGGCUAGUUUUCCCUUUUGUCCGGUGCAGCCAUGCGUUAGGGACAGAGGCAUAGAGGGCGGAAAACAGCUUGAAGGUGACAAAGUGAAGGACUGAGCACAAAGGAGCAUGGAUGCUUCACUUGAGGUUUGGCUGUUUUAGGAGCGAGCACCAAAAGCCUUUUGUUUUCACUUACCAAGCCCUGAAUGAGAUACCUCCCAGACGGAUUCAGCGUAUGAGUCAUGGCUGUCUGCUGUAAUGUAUUGCUGUGUAACAAACACGCAUAAUCUCAAAAGAACAACCUCAGCCUAGAGUCCUUAUUUCAAAAUCCUGUGGAUCAUCUUUAGAGAGCUGCGAGAUCCUACAUCCUGCCAGGACACAUAUAUAAUAAACCUGUCAUACAUAACAAAAAACCCUCUGAAACAGAUUGGUCCGACUUUAGAGGUUAUUUGAGGAUAGAGUCAAAUUUCUCUACAAUUUUCAGUCUGAAAGUGGCUGCGUAUUUACGGGCUUAAACCUUGACUCUCUUUUUUUGCUGUUUCCUGCAUAGAAGCAACUAAUAAUUUACCCUCCAAAUACGCUGGCUUUUACACGAGAGAUGAAAAGGACAAACAUCAGGAAAUCAUUUUCUCUAAAGCUGAUCUUUAUGCUUCCCAAAUUUAUUAUCAGUUGAGGGAUAAAAACAGAAAAUGACACACAGAUUGAGGCAAAAUGAAGCUUGCACGCACUGAGCAUGUUUAUGGAGCGUAUUAACCUCCAAUCCCAAAUCUAUUUAAAUCUCAUAACUUUAAAUGAAGGUUGCAUGCGCCCAUAUUAUCAGGGGUCAGUCCAGGCUUGUUGAAAAUCAUCUUGAAUGAAGGACUCCCUCUCUUGGCAGCUGAUCAUUGACUUAUGGAAAGUUUAAAAGGUCCUCCCCAUUUUAGCUGUAGCACUGUGCCCCUUUAUUUUCACUGAGGUCCAGCUAUUGCGCCCUCAGCACUCCUCUCGCCUGAUGACUUCUUGUUUGUCGCACAUGACCCGACUCGUUUCGCACAAACUUCUUCAAAAACAUAAAAAAAACAAAGACGAUAUUGUUCCUCUCAGGAUGAAAGAGAUUUAACCCUGACUCCUUGUUUCCUGUGGCUCAAUCGCCAAUAAAUAACCCCGCCCUUGAGCCUGGCAUUGGCAUGGCAACUCAGUACCAUUGUUGACUAUUUUGAUGCCGAGUUCACCAGGUAGUUUAUUCACCAGGACGACAUUCCAGUACCGCAGCGUCACUUCCUCCCGCUGGGUGUGACCCCUUGGCCUUGAGAGAGGUGCUUGGAAACCCCUAGCAACCUCCAAAGACAAUGAGAGGCAAUUACUCAUAUUCUGAGGGCCAAAUGAAGCAGAAAAUCCCGGGAUGAUUAAUUACAUCAUAUUUGAAUAAAGAAAGGUUCGGCUGAUUGUAUGGCUUCACUGCAGGGUACUUCUAACAUCAAAGAAUAUCAGAGCGAACCUCUAUUGUGAGGGUCAAGAUGUUAAAACAGAAGAUGCUGAUAUAAUGCACAACAACUUAAAUGAUUAGCUGCACGAGUUUAUCUUCUGAACAUGCAAACCUCCCCUAAAAAUAAAACAUUAUUCAAAGGAUUAAUAUUAAGAAGGGUCUGAUUUUCUUGGGAAUGGAUACUGAAGAUGUGAUAUUAAGUUUAGAAAAGCUUUAAGACAGAUUUACGUUCUUUAUAAUGGUUUCUUUCUGCUUUUAAAUUACUUAUUAAACUAAUGUAUUCCAUACCAUUUUGAAAGGACAGAGAAGCAGUGCUUCACUGUGUUUUGUUCUAACUCUGGGAUGGCCUGAGGUCCAGCCUCAGAUGUCCUCAGUGUGUGGUGUGUACAUCCAUAAUGAUGACUUUAUCUCUUUGUGUUUCAGGAUGAAGGCGGUGAGUAAGAGCAAAGAGUCUGUGCUGAGUGACACUGAGAAGGACAAGUUCCUGCCCAUGGUCCCCAACCUGGACUUCAGUCUGGAUGACUCAACGCUGGACGACUCGGCGCUGGAGUGUCACAGCCCACCACCUGACUACAACUAUGUGGUGCGCUACUCCACCCCACCUGUGUAA